AUGAAUGCGAUUUUACGAGCUGUUGGCUAUCGGGAAAAUGAACAUAUGGUAAACUUCACAAAAUGUUGGUCAAUGAAAUGCCCACAUCCAGGUGCUGAUGUUGAAGUGUUACAAGCGGCUUUGAGGAUUGCUGGGUUUGAGGCAGAGGUGGAUCCAAAGGAUCACUCCACCACCGAGGCAGUGGACAUGAUCGCGAAUGGGACAGCGGAUAUCACCGUUCACUCGAUCAUCCAGAAAGUCGAGCGGAUGGCAAGGGUCGACUUCACUCUACCGAUCAACUACUUUGUGUACGGAUACUUGACAAAAGAAGUGGACGAUGUCCAGGUUGAAGAUUUCAUCAUGACUUCGGUGAGCCCGUGGCUUUAUCCAUUUAUUUAUGGAUCGGCCAUCGUCUACGCUAUUCUAAUGGUGUUUAUGUCGAGAGCAAAAGUGAAGUACAUCUUUGAGAAUCUGAAUGGCGUGCUGAAUGCGGUGGAGAGGCAUGGGUGGAAUAUUAUUGUCGACAACGGUGGCUACGAUCCGACAAUGUUCUGCCGAGAAGAGUACAAGGAGUGCCGAACGAGAAUCGAGAAGCUCAGGCCACAACUGUUAUUCAUUCGGGAGCCCGCUAUGCCUCAACAAAUGUUGGCCUUUGCGAUUAGCAAAAAGAUUCCACACGUUCGCCGUUUGCUCAACAAAGCGCUCGCCGCAAUGCAAUCGAGUUAUGGGACUUUUGCGGCAAGAUAUCGUCUCCCUCUGCGUCUCUACAAUCGUUCCGAUUCUCGAAACGAGUUCUACGUUCUUUCAUUUCUCUAUAUUUGGCCACUUUUUCGAGUCAUGUUUUUGUGUUUAACGAUUUCUUUGACUGUCUUGAUUCUCGAGAAUAUUUACGCUCGACUCACGCUCAUUCGAGAGAUUUUUCAAUGCCUUUUCACAAGAAUUCAUUGCUGUCGAAUCCGGAUUGUCCAUCGGGAA